AUGUUUGGAUAGCAAAAAAAGCACAAUUUCAACCUAAUGAGUCCACUUAAAACAUAAGAUUAGAAUUAGCAGUAAAACAGCUUUAGAGAUUCUCCUUUCUAAGCAAAGCGCUCUGCGGUUGAUCCAGAUUCUGCCAAAAAAUCUCGUACACCAACAAGGACUCAUUCAGGGAUGCCAUCAACAAUGGCUGUCCCAGCAAAUGAACAUCGUGUUCUUCUUCAACAGUUCCAAAAUCUUUCAAAAAAUCAUGAAAAACUUGAAAAGCAACAUCAAUAAACUCAAAAGGAGUUAGUAAAGUUUAGAACUCUUAAUGAUUAAAAUGACAAGGAACUAAGAAUCACCUAGCAAUCACUUAUCAAAGUUAAUGAUGAAAAAAUUAUAUUGGAAAAUGAGGUUAAAAAUCUAAAGGAGUACACAAGAAAGUUAGAGACUAAAUUAAUAAACGAAGUCAAGGGCACUGGAGGAAAUAAUUCCCUUUAAGAAAUUAUAAACUAAUAAAGGGAACAGAUUUCUAAGAUAAAAGGAGAUAAGGAUAAGGCUGAUGCAAUACUUGAAAGUAUGUUUCAAAAAUUACAAAAGCAAAAUCAGGAAAUAUAAACUCUUUCAAUAGCAUUGUUGCACAGUGUCUAAGCUUAAAAUGAGGAGUUGAAACUUAUAAGAGAAUCUAAUAAUAUGGAAUUCAUUCGAUUAGAGUAGGAAAUCCACUAUCUAUCCCAGAAAAACUAAGGUCUUUCACUUGAAAAGGAAGCUGUUCUCAAAGAAAAGAACACUCUCUUAGAUUUUAUUGAGGAAUUAAACAACUAAAAUGAUAAUAGACUACAGAAUUUCUAAGAUGAAAUUAAAAAACUCAGUGAUUAAAAUCUUUAGUAUAAGAUUUAAAUCGAUGAUCUGCUAACUUAGCUUAGAGAUAAAUUAGUUGAAGCUGACAGAGUCAAAUCAGAUAAUGAGAAGUUGCAAUAUUAGACACAUUAAUCAGAGAAGGAGUUUAAGUUGCUCAGAGAAGAAAUAUAAUCACUGAGAACUUAAAUGCUACAGAAACAGCAAAGUGAGAUGAAGGAUAGGGAGAUUACUAAACUAGACGGUGAAAAUAUGAUACUUAAGGAGAGACUAUAGAACUAGAUGAAUGAAAACAGUCAGCUUAGAUCCUAGAUUGAGGGAUUCUUGAAUGAGAUCAGAAAAUUAGAAUCUCAGUUGAAUAAUUUAAAAUAGUAGAGCGAGGGAGAGAAGAAAAAAGAGCAUUACAUGAGAGAAAUACAAGACUUGAAGAUGUAAUUAGACGAGUUCAAAAGGUAAAAUCAUGAAUUGUCUAAUAAAAGUGCUAAUCAUCUACAGAUCCAACGAUAAUUAGAAGAUAGGAAUAACUUGAUAUAGAAAUAAGUUGAGAAUUUGAUAGCUAGUAAAAAGCUACUAUAAAAAACGCUCAGUGAGCAAAUGAAUCUCAAGCAAUAGAAAAUAAACUUUUGA